UCAGCUUCUCUCCAUCGUCCAUUGUACCACCACAUCUUCUCGUUCCCUCUCCCCCAGUUCCUCACGUCUUCCUCCUAUUCUACUUUCAGAGUCUCAAGUCAUGGCAUCUCUCCAAUUCUGCUCAGAAUGCAAUAACCUUCUGUAUCCCAAGGCUGAUCCACACCGACGUAUAAUGGUGUUUGCUUGUCGUAUAUGUCAAUAUGAAGAAGCAAGCGAAAACAAAUGUGUGUACAGGAACGAUCUUCUGACUGUCACAAAAGAACAAGUCGGAGUAACGACAGACCUUGGCUCCGAUCCAACCCUGGCACAUUCCAACGUUGAAUGUCCGCGGUGCGGGAAUGAGGAUGCGGUCCUAUUCCAAGAUCAAUCGAAGCGAAAAGAAACGAGGAUGAUUCUCUUUUUCGUGUGUUCAAAAUGCAAUCACAAUUUCACGGAUCCCACUGUACAAUCUGAUACUAGGGAGAAUGAGGAGGAGGGGUAGUGUGGUCAUACGAUCCAUCUUCUCGAACUCUGUAGUUCGUCUCUUGGCUGUCAGGAACAAUGUCAUCGAUUAACAUCCAUUGGAGCUUACUAUGUGUGAUCCGUCCUCUCAAACAUAUUUUCCUUAGCAGCCUCGGACAUCGAUGCUCCCCAGAAAUAAGGCUGAGAGGUGCCGACAAUGCAACUUGAUACCUCGUUUCCUUGUAUCGGACUGCUGCCUGGCACUAAACAUAGGACCUGAUCCCAAUCGAUGCCUUGAAUGUCUCGUCCCAUUCUUCGAAAGUCUUGCAAUGUCAUAUGUGGAAAUCCAACGGCCAAGG